AUGUCCUCAAUCGUCCGACCCCCCGACCCCUGCCUGGUAGCAAUAAUUCUAAUCGUCCGCUCCCGCGCCGGCCCACGCUUCGUCUUCCACUACCCACCCAACCCCCUCAGCGAGAACGGCCUCCGACCCGCCAGCAAAAGCCGCCGCGCAUCCCGCUCAAAAAGCACACAGGGAAAUAAAAGCAAUGACUCGAGUUCUAGCGACGAAAGCAACUCAACGACCGACGACGAGGAGGAGGAGAAUCAGAGCCAUCUGGCGGGGAGCGGGAUGUCAACGACGCGACGGAUGAGUAAUUUUGGCGUUGAGGAUCGGCAUCAUCAUAGUCAUCCGCUUUCUGCGUCGCCGAUGACUAGUACGAGUGUUGGUGCUGGUGGUGCUGGGGGAGGGGAAGCGUCGCAGUCGCAGUCGCAGCGGCCGGGUUCGUUGGGGUCGGGACGGGCGUUGUUUCGCAAGCGCGGGCCGAAUUCUGAUGUGGAGGAUGAUACGGGUGCAGGAGCGGAGAGACAGGAGGAUCCAUCGCCUACAAGCGGACCGUUUAUACCCCCGUGGGAAACGCUACUGGGUUUACCGUCUGAUGUAUGGGAGAAGCUGUUGAGUCCGUCGCGCAGCUGGCAUAAGCGGCGGUUUGAGGUUGGGAUAAACGAUCUGGCGUUUGUUGGGUGGCCUGUAUUUGUGCGCGAAGACGGGACAUGGCAGAAACAGCGACGGAAGAAGAAGAGCAAGCGUCGGUCAGAAGCGUAUGCGAGAGAGGGAGAGAGUCACGAUGAGAGCGCUGACGAUCGCGCUGGGUGCGAGGAGGGCAUUGAGGCGAUGGCUGAUUCUACGGAUACGUUGAUUAGUCCCAGGGCUAUUGGUUCGCCGGAGCUGAAGCGGACGUCUAGGACGAGUAGUAAGGCACCAAUGACUUCCUGUUCAGUGGAUGGAGAUGAUAAGGAUUCCAUGACUAUGUUCAAUGUGGUGUUUGUGCUUGAUCCGCCAUUGCUGGAGUAUUCGAUUCGACUGCGGGAGGUAUACGAUAAUAUCAUCAAGAAGUUUGCCAAAGCUCUGAAAUGGGAGCAAGCGCGUACAGACUACGUUUGGAAGGAGGCGCAGAACAUUUCGCAUUUCAAGGAAAAGGCAAAGGAGAAGAGAUCUUCUGUCACUGGUCUUUACACCGAGCUCAUAUCGCAUUCACCCCUAGCCCGAGCUAUCUACACGCUUUACACCAGCAUUUCUGCCUCUAAGAUUGCUUCUCUUUCCCUUAGCCCCGAUGUAUCGAUUUCACUUCAGAUACCCCCUCUCACUUCGUCGCAUUACUUACCCGGCCCAACCGACAAGGCAUAUCCAGGCCUGUGGCUUACAACCGCAGAUAGUGUGACCCCGGUAGACGACGACCCGACAGCCGAUGAGAACACCGCGCCGCAUCAAGUACUCGCAAAGCAUUUCGCUCUGUUGUUGCUCGAUAACGAGGCGUCGAUAAUCAAAGACGUCGAAGCAUCUGCGAGUGCGCUAGCUCCCGCCCUUGUGCACUAUAUUCGAUGCUCUAAGUCGACUCAGUCUUUUGCUCACAUCUCUACCGCCUCGGGAAUUCCACUGUCAACAAUCCAGAUGUUGGCGAGCCACCUUGUCUACUGGCGACGUGCACGCGCAAUUCCUCCGCUUCACCAACGGGACACAUAUAUCGUGUCCCCGAACUGCGAUCUGAGCAAGCUUGACAUCGCUACUGCUGCUUUCCACCAAGCCUUUCCAACAUGUCCAAGUUUGCCAAAGAUGCUGUCGGCUUUGAGCGGUACGCCCAGACCGUACGGGAGCUUCAUCCCAAGUAAAGACCACAAGGACACGUAUUUCAAUAUCUUGGCUUGGCUGUUACGUGGAGGAUGGGUCACGCAACUCCGCUCGUUCGGUAGAAUCAAGGUGUCCCCAGAGAUUAAAAUGGCCGUGGAGAGGGCCAUUCGAAAAAAGCAAAUGGAUAAGUUCUUGGCCGAAACCGGGCCAAAUUCAGUGUCUGAAGUCAUUCCUACCGAGAAUGAACGGAAUGAGCAUGUCGACGACGAUUCCAGCUCCUCUUCAUCUUCCUCUCUCGGUAGCCAAGGGAGCGGAGAUGAAACACCCAUGCCUGGUCGGUAUCACGAUCCGAUGGCCAACGAAAUGUAUCUUUCGCACUCACUCAUGGACCACAACAUGCCUUUGAGAACGGCGUCUCUUAUUCUCUCGCCUCAUCGGGCGUCGCCGCUCGAAUCCAGAUGGCUGGAAGAGCUUGUCUCCCAGUUUCCGGACAAUGGAGAGCUGAGUGUGGCCGCUUCUCACGGUAGCAGAGAUUAUGCGGGAUCUCAGAUCUCACUGCAAAAGUUGUGGCCGCUUCUCAUCAAAUACUUCAACGGAUAUGAUGCAUUCGAGAAGAUCCCGAUACGGGAAGGGCUGAAGCGAAAGCCGACCUGGCAGGUUCUCACACGUUUAGGACUGGGAACAGGGCAAUCGCAUGUGGAAUUAGAUCCACGGGAGCAGGUAUUGGUCACUGUACGGCAUUGGUAG